AUGUCGGUCGGAAGCCUUUUUUCGGCGGUGGCCAGCACGGGCUUGUCAAUCGGAAAAGGGCGCGCCGAAAUGAGAGAAGGCCUCGCGCGAAGCUGGGACGGAGGCACGGAGGUCGCGGCCAAGAAGCGCCGGAACCCGUGGGGCGACAGCUCCUACGCCGACCUCAUCACGCAGGCGAUCGAGGCGUCCCCCGAACAGAGGCUCACCCUGUCCCAGAUCUACGACUGGAUCGUCCGGAAUGUCCCCUACUUCCGGGACCAGGGAGACACCAGCAGUUCGGCAGGAUGGAAGAAUUCUAUCAGACAUAAUCUGUCACUAUACACGAAAUUUAAAGCUAUCAAAAACGAACCAAACAGAAGUUCAUGGUGGAUUAUCAGUGACAAUGCAAGCGAAUCCAGAACAACGAGACGAAAGAAAAGAUCGAAAUCGAAAGUGAAGAAAAAGCAAAACUUUUUUGGAAGGCUUCCAUCUACCCUCAACGCACCUUCUGAUAGAAGAACGGAAAUUUCUCCUCCAAAAAAUCUAUAUCCGAUCACAAAUGUUGACCGCAGCAAACGAAACACAGGUUUCUUCGAGACAACUUGUCACAUAGAUUUAUAUAAAUCGGACGUUGGAAUGCCUAUGGAAGAAUACAACACUGAUAAUAGAUGGUUUUCCAAAAGCCUUUUCAAAAGUCCACACCAUUUAAGUUUCAGUUACGUAACAACAGAAAUCGAAGCAAACAUGCUACAAGACAAUAUCUCCGCUGGAGGAAAAGAAACUUUUAAUAGAUUCGAAAUGUCUUCCUUUACGAAAGGGUUGGAAGGGUUUAGUUCUUUUGCCUAUAAAUUACCGAUGCAAACAGUCUCCGAAACUUAUAAUCAAAAUCAAUUGGCAGCAGAUCAUCGGAACUAUGGUAGUACACAGGUACAAAGAGGUUCAUUGAGAGAACUUAUUGACGAGUUAAUGAAGGAAUUGAACGAAAUUACUAACGAUGAAAGCCAAAGUUCUUCAACGGAAUUCAAUGAUAAUCUAUGCACGUUGAAGAGCACAACGAGCUCUGAUGUGCGGCCUCCUAACACCCUUCCUCAUGCCGACAACGAACUUCUUCACUUUAAUUCGGACUUCGUGCAGAUGACUACACCCUUCGACGAUAAUUCUGCUAAAGAAUUAGAUAGACUGAAUUCUAACAAUGAAUGUUCAACUGAAAAAGCGUAUCAUGAAGACGUUUAUGUUUCUCAAAGUUCAAACUUUGCCUCUACAGAAUCGACAAACCUAGCAAGGAUGAGACAUAAUGAACAAGAUGAUGAAAAUGUGGACUAUACAAGUGUCUACUUAGAAAAGGGGAAUAAUGAAUGUCUACUGGAUGGUCAACAAGAAAUGGGUUCUCCUGCAUUAAAUGUGAACAGUGCUUCCUAUUUUUUUAAAAUGUGUGGCUUAAGAAGCGUACAUGACUACAAUGAACGUCAAAGUAACUCAGAUGAGUCGAGUUCCGAUCCAAACAUUUUACAAACAGAAAGGGAAUCUUUCUGCAAAUAUGACUGCAAUGUAAAUCAAUCUAACCCAGAUGAGUCAAGUUCCGAAUCGUUUACUUUUAAAACAGAAAAUACUAUAACAUCUUUUAAGGCUCUACAAUCUGAAAGAGAAAGUAAAACUGAUGAGUCUUUCAGAAUUCGAAGCAUGAAAUUUGAAAAUGAAACUGACGAAUCGCUUCGGAGCCAACAUCAAGACCAUGAGGAUAAAGCUGACAUAAGUUUUUUUGAAGUAAGCUCACUUCAACCCGUUAAUUUAACGAUAAACAGUAAUUUAAAACUAGAGUUCAAGAAAGACUGUACCUCUAGCUCCGAUGUAGAACAUCUCUCGCUCGAAUUCAUGAACUUAAAGGAAAUUGAUGAUGAUUCACUUUCAAACUAUCUCGAUUGCGUAAGCGGUUUUGAAAAUUACGACUCAGAUUUUGACGUUUAUCUCCAAUCAUAAAUUUUCACUUCAAUAGCAAAAAAUGGCACUGAGAAGCAAAAUAUUUCAAAACGUGGUAUUUUGCAUGAUCUGGAACCGUUGUUUGCGGUGGAUAAUAAAGAUCAUAACCAAUGUUAAUCAUCCUUCAGCAAGCUUUUAUAGUGAGAGAAAAAAAAUAAGAAACUAAAAACAAAAAUUUCUCUGUUUACAAGUUGUGUUUGAUUGGACUGUUUUAAAAAUUGUUUUGUAUCUAUUGUGAUAAAAAGCUUAUUCAGAAAACUUUGAUGUAUAACAGGUGUUAAUUUUUGGAUAAAAUAUGUUUCUGAACUGUAUUAGGAAUGAAUAGCAUUGA